AGGUAAAGAAGUCUUGGGGAGACCCAGGCAGCUGGAGACAUCUCAAUCACCAAGGCCCGGAUUAGGGAGGGGUGCUGUGGAUGGAGGAGACAAAUUCUUGUUCUAGUGGCCCUGCUCAGGGAGGUGUGAGUGCCGUUGGACCAGAGGUGGGGACUAUACCUCUGAGAGCCACAGGGGCCCCACUCUGCCAGCAGCUACUCAGUACUGGGAAAGCCAGGUGCCACCUCUGACUCCCAGUCGAAGCCUGAUGCCAGACCAGGGCUGCAGCAUCUGAAACGCAUAGCAGCACGCGUGGAGUGCGUCCAGUUCUCUCUAAGACUCCGUGGUGACCCUGACCUUCUCAAGACUUUGUGUCCCACUGCUUAAGUACUGCAAGAGGUUGGCUCUCCUCUUCAGCUUUGGUUUAUGUGUUUAUUUUAAAAAUCAUAUUUCAAAGUAGAGAGCCCCAGCGCAGCCCCAGUGCAGGCCCUCCCUGGAGCUCGGGGUUCAGGUACCUUACUGGAAUCCCGGGCAGGAGGCCUCUCACACUGCCUCCAUCUCAGCUGAGGGAAGAAAAACCAAAUGCCUUCUCCUGGGGGUCUUUAGCGGGGAUGGAGGAGAGUGCAAGGGUUCAGUUUCUUACAUCACUCUCAGACCCAUGUCUUCACUUUGGUCCCCCCUGCCAUUGCUGCCUAGGCCAAGACUGAGCACACCAUCCUGGGCUGCUUCACAAAACUCCUGUGAUAGCUUCCCAAAGCCAGUGGCAGUGGCCUUCAAAUUGGGUGCCCAAGAGGUCCACUGGGAUGUGGAAAGAAAGUAGGAGAAAUCUUAUUUCUGUUUACUUUGUCAUCCUUUACCAGGUUUACGUAUGUCUAUGGUGCAGGACUGUAUUUGCACAUUAGUAUAAUACAUAAUUUGUGAGUGGAUGCAUAUAUCUAUUUCAUGAGUGCCUUUUACUGAAGAGGGUAUGGAAUCAGAAACGUUUGGAGAGGAAUGUCCAGAGUGCAGACCUGAACCACUUAGCCGGCCCUUCACUCCCUGGCCUCCCCUGUCUUUCUGGCUUCAUUAUCUAAUAUUCUUCCCCGUCCUCCUCCCCUCCCCAUGCCUCCCAUGACAUCAUUGCUCUGCUGCCACUCAACUUCCAGUUGCUGGAACAUGCCCUGUGUUUUCACAUCUGCAGCCCUGGCAGUCCUCUGACGGCCCGUCCUUCCUCGAGCACCUGCAAUUUCAGGUGCCCCCAGCUCCUCUUUGAAGCUUCCCCUGAUGCUUGCAACGCCCAGAGUGCUCUACAGGUGCCGGUAAUUGCCUAAGUCACUCGACUGUGGUCAUCCGUUUAACUUGCCAAUGCAUUUGUCUACACUAUAAGCCCCCUGAGGGCCAGACUCAGGUCUUGGUCGUAUCUACAUCCAGCAUAGAUUGAGGUCGAUUUACCCUGCCACAGAGGGGGACAACCCAGGCCCAGUGAGGUUAAUCAGUCUUCACAAGGUCAGGUCUGCUGACCCCACUAAUCAGCUUGAGCCUCCUAAUCCAGCGCCAGCAGGAACCUCAGGACAGACAGUGGUGGCUUGGGAGAGCUGGCGGGGCCAUUUUGGCCUCCUCUGCAGACUCGGUCCGGGAGGGGAUGGGGCGGUUGAGCCAUGUGCACCACCCUCUUCCUGCUUAGCACCUUGGCCAUGCUCUGGCGCCGCCGAUUCGCCAACCGGGUCCAACCAGAGCCCAGCGGAGUGGAUGGGGCAGUUACAGGCAGCAGCACGGAAACAGACCUCCAGUCCUCGGGCAGGUAAGGCAGAGGGGAGUCUGGGGUGUAGGAGGGAGGGUGCUGCCAAGGAAGGUGCCGCUGUCCCCUGACCCUGUCUGUGAUGAGCAGGGGUGUAUGCUGGCCCUCGCCCCAGCUACCCUGUUCCCUGUAUGCCUGGUGGGCAUGCUGAAUGUAUUCUCCAGUUGGGAAUGGGAGCCCCCAGCCUCUCUGGACCAAAGCUGCUCUGCCUUGCUUGUCUGAGUGCAGGGUGGUCCCCAGGGUCCCUUCUGUCAGAAGGAAGGCUCAGGGGCAGUGGAGAGAGGGAUGAGGCAGACGCAGCUCAGCGUUGCUUUGCUCGCCUUCCCUCCCCCCUCCCUCUCCCACUGCCCCCGCCCAGCCUCAGCGGCUCCACUGCCUGAGCCUCCAGCAGGAUUCGCUGUCCAGGCCCCAAUAGGAGGCGCAGGAGAAGCAUGACAUCAUCGGCACUGAGCGCCAUUGGCUGGGCAGCCCCUGCGGGCAGGACACUGUCUCCAGUGGCCAGAAAGUUAACUCUUCCCUAGGUGGAAGCCAUGUGGCCUUUACGAGGGGUGAAGUUUUGGGAACUUACAGACUU